AUGACACAAUAUCGACCUAGAUUACAUCCUUCCUCUUGUUUUCCUCCUAGUCCAUCAACGCCUAAUACUCAAAAUCGUCUUUUUAUACGCGUUGCUCCGAGUGAAGCUCGACAUCGUUGCUGUCAUCUGACAUUUAUCGGUAUUAAUACAACAACUUACUCAGCCAUAGCUGCUCUUCUUGCUUAUGGACAAUUAACAUCAAUUGAAAUUAUAAAAAUCUUUGAUAUAUAUGAUAAACAACAAGCUCGUAUCAUACUUAAUGAUCUUCAGUUAAUUGCUUUAUUUAACAAAUGUAAUAUACGCCUAGAAAGAGUUCAAUCUUAUUGGGAAACAAAAGAUUCGACUAUUAUCAUUAUAAAUGUGCAACAUAAUCAAUUGGGUUUGACAUUUAUAAUUUAUUUAUAUAGUAUCCGUUAA